AAAAAAACCUCUUGAAAUUCUCAAAAUCUGUGUUAGUGUCAAAGUUCUGUAGCCACUCUUCAUGAUGAUGGAGAAAAUCUCCAAAUUGAAGAACAAGUUGUUCAAGUUUUUUCUUACACAACCUGUAGUAGCUUCAAUGGCCCUUCAAAAUCCAACAAUGAGUCCCAACAAUAGUGUAUCCAAAAGGGGUUGUAGAUCACACCAUGGAUUCAAGGUUUCAAUAGUUCCAAAGGAAGUUAGAAGAAAGCAUAGGAGUGCAAGCUUUAGGUCAAAUAAUGAACCAUCAUCUCCUAAGGUAUCAUGCAUGGGAGACGUUAAGUGCAAGAAGAAGAGAAUGGCCCUCAAACAGAAAAGGGUUGAAGAGACUAUUAUAACCAAAAGGAAUGAUGAUGUUCCAUGUGAACAAAAGAAGGGCAAGGUUCUUCUUUGGAUCUUCAAGGGUCAAAAGCAAAGUGGUGGGAAUAAAGGGUUUGUGUUAGAAGAGAAGGCACAAGAAAAUUCACAGGUAAUAGCAGCACCAUCAUUGGGUGCCAUGAAGAAGUUUAAAGGUGGUAGAGGGUCACUGAGAGAUUUUGAUGUUACAAUUACUAAAAGGUGUUAAUAUAUAUAUGUGUGUGUGUGUCAACUUUAUUACAAUUAUCCUUGAAGUUAAAUGCUAUCAUGGGUUUUUAUGAUAUUUCUGAUUGCCAGAUGCAAAGUUUAUUGAAAAAGAAAAUGUUGAUACUUGUUUAGUAUAAUUUUAUAGGUCUGUAGAGUGGAAUUUGGUUUGUAAAGAGGUUUAGUUGAAUCAUGAGUUGCAGAAUUUCAUCUUUAAAGUGCUUUUAUUCGUUUAUUGCAGCCUUAACUUUCAAGCAAGUUUUGGUUUGAACUUUUGUAACUAAGUGAUAUGCACUUGAUCAAGCAAAUAUAAGCUUCAACUAAAACUUUCAUGUGAGAUCUGAAAACAAAAGCUCAACU